GUGAUGGAGAACAGAACAGAGGUGACAGAGUUCAUCCUGCUGGGACUGACGAAGGACCCAGAUCUACAAGUCCCCCUCUUUAUCACCUUCCUGAUCAUCUACAGCCUCACGCUGGUUGGGAACCUGGGGAUGGUCCUCCUGAUCCUCUUGGACUCGCGUCUCCACACCCCCAUGUACUUCUUCCUCAGUAAUCUCUCUCUGGUGGACUUCGGUUACUCUUCAGCUGUCACUCCCACAGUCAUGGCUGGGCUCCUCAUGGGAAACAAAGCCAUUUCCUGCAAUGACUGUGCUGCUCAGAUGUUCUUUUUUGUAGCCUUUGCUACUGUGGAAAAUUACCUGUUGGCCUCCAUGGCCUACGAUCGCUACGCAGCAGUGUGUAAGCCCCUCCACUAUACCACCACCAUGAGAGCUAGUGUGUGUCUGGCCAUAGGAUCCUAUGUAUGUGGCUUCCUGAAUGCCUCCAUCCACAUUGGGGACACAUUCAGUCUCUCCUUCUGUCAAUCUAAUGUGGUCCAUCACUUUUUCUGUGAUAUCCCAGCAGUCAUGGUUCUCUCAUGCUCUGAUAGACAUGUUAGUGAGCUAGUUCUUGUUUAUGUAGUGAGCUUUAAUGUCUUUUUUGCUCUCCUGGUUAUCUGGAUAUCCUAUAUAUUCAUUUUUAUCACCAUCUUCAAGAUGCACACAGGUGCUGGACAUCGGAAGGCUGUGUCCACCUGUGCCUCCCACUUCACUGCGGUCUCCAUCUUCUAUGGCACGAUUAUCUUCAUGUACUUACAGCCCAGCUCCAGUCAUUCCAUGGACACUGACAAAAUUUCAUCUGUGUUUUAUACUAUGGUCAUCCCCAUGCUCAACCCUGUGGUCUACAGCCUGAGGAACAAGGAGGUCAAGAAUGCAUUCACAAAGAUUUUGUUGGAGGUAAAAUAG